GCCAGUUAAACAUGUCAAAGCGCUCGUGUGUGCUCCCAGACUUUGACUUGUGCAGUUACACUAGUGUUCCUUCCCUGUAUGUCAAGCCGGAACUAGAGCAUUGGAGUGUAAAACUGACAUACUAUAAACACUAAACUAAUAUGGAUCUGAUGCAGCGAGGAGCUAUUGUGGCAGUUCUUAUUAUCCAAGGAACCUGUUUAAUGUUCCCAAGGAGAAACGUGAGUCUUAUACUUCCCGUCUCCUAUCCUACUGGUGUCUCGUUCUACCAGUUGUUUACCAUACUUACUGACAACGCCGGUAUAGCUAGAGGAAAGACUGUGAGCUACCAGAUCAACAGUGUAAUUCUACAAGGGAAAGAAGGCAUUGAGCAUCCAAGAAACGAUAUAUUUACAGUCAACUCUUCAACUGGUCAUCUUUCUCUUGCAAAACUCUUAGAGCCACAAGCAGAAUAUCUUGAAACUAACUUUACGAUAAGGAUUCAAGCGACUGAAAAAAACGUUUCUGGCUUCUUUUCCUUUGUGUUAAGUGGCCGUGUAGUCAACACUAAUGAGCUGUGUCAGCCAAGUAUUCGGUUUUGUUUCUUGACCUCCCACGCCGAUUAUGACGUGCCAGAGUCCUUUACGCCUAAUGUUAUCUUCGAUCAAGUACGCCCUCAAACGUUAGCCUAUAUGUGUUCUUCUCUCGAAACGCAUUAUAGUGUAAGCAAAGGGCAGAAAAUAGUAGCUGUAGACCGAGAAAAGGGAUUGCUAUCGUUUCGUGCGUCCUUGGAUGCGGAUCAAAAGGCAAACGAAAAGAUCGAAAUUCGAUGUUCCGUAAGAAAUAACAAUGGAAUUCCCUUAUCAGAGACUUUUUAUUUGAGUGGAAGAAUACACGUAUUGGAUGUAAACGACAACGCCCCCUAUAUGCCAAAAAAUGUGAAUUCAUUAAUCGAAGUGGACGCCAAUGAGAUUGAAGAUGAAGGAACAGAUUUCAAGUUCCAGUUUAAUGUGUUUGAUAAAGAUUCUGCACAAGUCAACGAUAUACAAGCCAGGAUUGAAAAUGAUCCUUUAAGGUUUUUCAGGGCUAGGAUUGCUGAGGUGUACGACAGAGCAAUGAAGAAUGAAACAUUCGUAGUUAUAUUGGUGCGAACUGUCAAGCAGUUAGCUUUCUCGGGACCAGAUUAUAACUUUUCUGUGAUAAUAGAAGAUCGAGGUCUACUAAAGAAGAACAACAAGGUCAUCUAUAACGUCCAUGUCUAUAACAAAACGUCAGCGAUAAUUUGUUCAGCCACAGUCUCUAGACUAGCAACUAUUUACUCCAGGGUCCUGCAGCCGAUGCCAGUCAAACCAUCUGAUCACUGGUCAUUUUAUUUAACCUCUGAAAAAGAAGAUAUUUUCGAAGUGACCCCUAGAACAGGGAUUAUUUACGUGGCUGACACGAAACACUUGAACAUUCUAGAAGAGGAAGAAAUUCGACUAAACCUUUCCUGGAAUCAAAAAAAGACCAAAGAAAAGAACAGUGUAAUAAUCUUAAUUAAUGUUACUGACAAAGGUCAGAAGCACAAGUUCAACGAUUGCGACUUUUGUGCGAAAAAUGGUGAAAAGGAUAUGUGCCUCGCCUCUUGUGGAAUAGGAACCGCUAGAGGUCAAUGCUUAUGGCGAGAAAAUCACUAUGGAUCCUCUCCAACCACUAUGUAUGCUACGUGCAGUCCUGAUCUAAACAUCUGCCCAGAUGGUAUCUGCGACGAAUUGGAAAAAAUUAAUAAUCAUAUUUGUCCGCAAGACUGUUCUGAAAAUCUUGAAGGAGGUUUUGCUUUAUCGAACAACAAUAAAACUGGUAUUGAGACGGCAGUUGGUACUUGCACUUGCUUAACUCCGGAGAUCUGCUCAUGCUGGCCUGACAGAGAAAUCAAGGACAGUAAAAUAACAAACGGAAGUAGAUUUUUGAAAUCAAGUGAUCAUAUUCGUCAACAAAAACAAGAUAUCUCGUCAAAGGAAGCGGAUACAUCAAAUGAUGUUGGAACGGAAAUGGAAAACCAAGACAAUAGUUAUUUUGUGUCUGGAGACGACGAUACUACAACCUGUGGAGAAGGAUGUAUUGCCUUGAUCUUCUUGGCUCUUUGCAGCGCUGUUGUUUUAUGUGCUCUUCUCAUCCUCAUUCCACGUGUUAGGAAGUACAGAAAGAAUAAAACGAAACAUAAGUACGUUGGAAGCCGCAUGUCACUUUCCGUGGUUCCUUCUGACUACGUGGACGAACGUUCUUCCUCUAUGCACGACCCACAGCAAACGACCAGUGAAACAUCUACAGGAUCCAGUAGUAAAACUUCAGGAGACGCCCAGUGGGAAUUCCCACGAGACAGGUUAAUUCUAGAAGAGACACUGGGAGAGGGAGAAUUCGGCAAGGUGAUGAGAGCCCAGGCCUGGAGCAUUAAUGGUCAGGAAGUAUACUCUACUGUUGCAGUGAAGAUGUUAAAAGGUGACGGAAGUUUUUCAGAACAACAAGACCUCCUGUCAGAGUUCAACAUGUUGAAAGAAGUGUGCCAUCCAAAUGUGAUUAAACUCCUAGGAGCUUGUACCCAGAAAGGAGGUCCUCUUUAUGUCAUAGUGGAGUAUGCUCAAUUUGGUUCUCUUCGUUCUUAUCUUCGGAAGAUUCGAUCGCUUGGGUUUGAGUGCAAUGACGUCUCGGUUGCGCAAGUGGGAAAUCCCAUGUAUUUGUCCGAUGGUGGUGACAUCUGUCGACAUGAUGAUGUCCAAUUGACACGAAGGGACUUGAUAUCGUUUGCUUGGCAAAUUGCCAAAGGAAUGGCCUAUCUAAGUGAUAUGAAGUUGAUCCACAGGGAUUUAGCGACCAGAAAUGUUUUAUUAGCCACAGGAAAUGUUGUAAAAAUUUCUGAUUUUGGACUCAGUCGAGAUGUCUACGAAGGUGAUACUUAUCUGAAGAAGAGUAAGGGACGUGUGCCUGUAAAAUGGAUGGCGAUAGAGUCGCUAGAAGACCAGAUCUAUACCUCAAAAAGUGAUGUUUGGUCGUUCGGAGUGGUUCUGUGGGAGAUCGUAACCUUAGGAGCAAGCCCUUACCCAGGAAUAUCACCAGAAAGGUUGUACCAGCUUCUCAAAGCCGGUUACAGAAUGGAACAACCAGAAACCUGUUCAGAUCAACUGUAUCGAAUCAUGGUGAUGUGUUGGAGAGAUAAUCCACGUAAUCGACCAUCCUUCAAGGAACUCGUCCAUAGAUUUGACCGAAUGCUACAAGAUACUACUGAAUACCUGGACCUAAGCCCUAUACAAAAUGAGAAUGAUAGUACCACCCUCUGGACAGAAGAUGAGCACUUGGCACCUUUGGCGACAUCUAGUGUAGAAAAGCCAGGCGGAAGGACAAUGCAAUACAGUAACGUGUGCCAAUCCCAUGCAGCUGAUGAACCAUUUUCUAUGUCAGCCAGCCAAGAAUCCGAAGCCAUAGAACUCAUUUCGAAACCAUCUGACAAUGUUGUAUCCGAAGCAACAGUGUAAUUCUUCUAUUCGACUAUUACAGUAUGAUAUUGGAAGAAGUAUUUGAAAUUUAUGUCUAAAUACAAAUUUACGAAACAAAAACGCACUCGUCAUAAAUGGACAUUAAGUUUUGAAAACGAUUUAAUGUUGUUGCAAAACUCGUGUUUUCAACAUUCAUUAAGUCGAGUUGAUUAGGAUAAGGAGUUGUUUUUAAAGUUUAAAAAGAAUGAACAAUGUUGUAGAAGCUGGUCAUUUUGAAAUGAAAGCUAUGAUAUCAAAAUGUUAUUAUAUUUACAAAAAUAAGUUAUUUCCACAUUUUUAUUAAAUUGGCUUUAUAAAUACAGCCAUUUUCUUCCUGUAUAUGUGUGUGUGUGUGUGUGUAUUUAUAUACAUACGUAUGUUCAUGUUUAGGCUUAGAUAAAAAUCAUAGUCAUCUGUUAAUAACUUAAAAUAUAUGUAAAUAUCUUUAGUGUAAAGAUCCACUUAGUGCCACUGAGAUCUUAUCUGAGCUUUUAACGAUUUAAUGUAUACAUUAUUGUUAAAAAAAUGCGCUAACAACAUGAAGUACUAUUAUACGUAAAGGUAUUUGUGUUUUGAAAAUAAAUUUCACAUGUGUUAUACAUAUAUAUAUAUAACAAGAGCCAAAGGUGUACAUAAUAAUGUAGGUAUUUAAGAUUUUGAAACGAUGGAAAAUAAACCACUGAAAACAACAGUACGAAAUUAAAAAUCACUUUGAUUUUUAUUACAACAUUAUGUUUAUUGUUUAGAACAACUACAUGUAAUGAAUGAAAACCCUAAUCAAGAAUAAUUUGUUGUCGUCUACGGCCUCAUUUCACGAUGAAACACGGUAGUUUGAUAUAAGCCUAAUACAGCUGGGUUUGACAGUGAAACCACUUAACGUUGAGAGCGUGUCCAAACACGCUAGAUAAAUAAAAGUACAAUACAGUCUAGUUUUACAAUGAAACACGGUAAUCCAAUUUAAGACUAACAGAACUUUCACAACAAUGCAGUGUAAACUUAAUACGGUCUGGUUUCACAGUGAAAUAUUUCAUGUAAGUCUAAUACGUCCUAGUUUCUCAGUGAAAUACACUUGAUCAAUAUAAGCCUUACACGACUUAGCUUCAUACAACAGUGCUGGCGAAAGUCAAGUACGCCUUACUGUUUUACUUAACAACCUAUGUAUUAAAUCUCAUAAUACUGGCACUUCUUACACCAUUAAAAAUCGGAUUUCGAUACCCAUGGUGGGCACAGCACAGAUAGCUCAUUGUGUAGGUUUGUGCUUAACUACAAACAAACGAACUGACACUUCUUAAGGCUUCACAGAAUAAAAUUUGCUUGAUCUUGUGUGGAAUAUAAUAAUAUAGUAUUUUGUGCUGUAAUUUAGUAAUAUUAAUUAUUUAUAUCAACAUCCACCUUAAUCGCAAAAAAAUACAAACAACUUCCAUCUUCUCAAAGUCAAGUUGUAACAUAAUGCUUCCAAUAUUUGUAAUUAGCUUUUACAUUCACUAAUCUUGUUAUGCUCUGUUUACUUAUCCGUGAAGGAGAUAAGGAUAUAAUUUAUUUUAUUUUAUUAACAACUAAAGUGUUUCGUUAUAAUUACUGUCAGCAUAGUAACGACAAAGCAUGGGUGCUACACUACAGUCUAAAUGUCUGUUGACUUCUGGACAGACUAAAGCCUAUUUAUGUAUAUAGUAAUCGUUACAUGAAAAGUAGUAUCAAGUUAAGUUGGCAAUUGUUAUUUGGUGUUGAAGAUUUAAAUAUUAAUAAUUUAAAGAGUUUCAACGUUUUACUGUCCUCCUAUAUCUGAUAUUGUACAAAUAGUUAGAAGUUGAGACUGUAUAUACUAAUGCUAU